AUGGAAACGGUAGAAGAUCAGCGAUGUUCUUCAACAAAAAAACCUAGAAUUAAGAAGAAGGCUACUCAUAAUGAGCCGUUCGAUGACAACCGGUUAUACAAGGGUCGUGAACACCUAGCUCAGUUUUACGAGAUAGAAAACACAUGUAAGAUAUUAGGGUGUUCGGAAAGUAUCUGCCGAAAUACGGCAAAGUUUCAAAACAAUGCAACUUUUCAUUAUUUUAUUAUUCGACGAAAUAAUCAACAUCGACAACCUUCUGCCAACGUCUCACAAGAUCACGGAUUCCUUUGGCGUAGAAUUCCCGCAACUCGGAAGCGAGGAAAGCCCGAAGGUCAUUUUCGAGGUGGUCACGAUUAUCGUAGCGCUUCUCUUCCAGGUGAUGCUGAAGCCAUCGGAAGAGGUGGUAGUCGCUCGGGGCCAGGUCCGUGGUCCACGGUAGUUGCGGUAGGACUCCCCAUCCGAGCUCCAGAAUUUUCUGGGAAGUUUCUUCGCGAUGUGAGAGUGCGGGUUAUCGUGCAGCAGGCGAACCUUAUCGAGCUUCGAGUGCUCCUUGCGGAUCUUGUCGGACAGUCUUUGCAGUUAAGUGCAGUAAACCUCGGCAGUAACUGUCGUGUUGUCCGGCAGCAGUUCGAAACGGUAGAUUCCAUGAACUCCCUACCAGAAGCUCUGCAUGACCUUCUUCUCAUGGAUUUCACCUUUCACGAAAGGAUCCGGCAUUUCAUCGCCAGCGCACCAGGCACGUUUGUGGGUGUGGUUGACGUAAGGGACCCAUUUUUCAUCUCCAGUGACAAUGGUGUCCAGCCACUCGAAUCUGCGGUUUACGGAGAGCAGCUGAGUGCAGAUGUCCAGGCGUCUUUGGCGGUUGCGUCUCUCAGUGCAUGUGGGAGCCACUGA